AUGACUAAACACAACGUCGUUUCCCAGUGCAAACACAGAAAGAACUUGCUACAAUUGACCAUAGGAACGAGGGAUAUAUUGGCAAAAUCCCAAUGCAAGUAUAAUCUGUGUUUACUUGCUGUUGCCAAAUCCUUAAGGUUAAUUGCCUCCAAACAUUCAUCUCCUUCUUCCCUUGACCUCACAAGUUAUCCUUUCCUACAUUUUGAGUCCCAUGAAGCAUCCAAUAAUCAUAGUAUAAUUAACACCACGUCCCUUAAGCAAACACGAAGUAAAAGCAACCUUGAAGCCUCUUCUUCUUCUUCUUCUCAACCUGGUAAACCUACCUCUUCUGGAAAAAACAAAAGAAAACAAGUCUCUUCUUCUGUUUCUUCUCAGCCUUCUAAAACCAUUCGUCCGUCAUCCUCUUCUAGAAAGGACAAAGGGAAACAAACCUCUUCUUCUACUCAACCUUCUAAACCUGGAUGUUCUUCGUCCUCUUAUAAAAAAGGCAAAGGUAAAGAAAAACUACAGCCAAAGAAUGAACUCAAAUUUGAAACCAUUCAUGAAGAAGCUGGAGAAGGCGAGAAGCAUUAUUAUGAUGAGGAGGCAAAGACACAACCUGAGCCUCUGCCAGAGCCACCACUUGAAAGAGAUGAUGUGCCUGAGUGGGAUUUUUUUCGUCCAUAUGAUGAGUUGAAAGCUGAGAGGGAGAACGAUGAGGAUCAUCUUAGGAGGGUGAGAAAAGAAGAGGGGAUUGCCGGGCUAGAUAAGGUUGAAGAGAGUGAAACUAAAGAAGCUAACAGUAAUGCAAGUGAAGGGGAGACCAACAACUGCAAAAAUGAAAUUGGUGGGAAAAUAGAUUCUGAUGCUAAUGAUGGGGAGAUCGAGAACGGAAACAGCAUAAUGACAGUGAAUGGAGGAGGCACCAACCAGAUAGACUUAUUGAAUGCCCUUAAACAAAUUGAGGAAAAUUUCCUCAGGGCUUUUGAGUCUGGCUUGGACGUUUCAAAGAUGCUGGAGGUGAAGAAGGUUCACUUGAAGAAGGGCUGGGAACGCGUCAUAGGUGCUGCAGGUGGCUCCAGUAACUUCUUCAGUUCCUUGAGAAGAGGCCGUUCGAUUUCGUCUUGCUCGUCUUCAUGUUUGAGCAUCUUUUCUUCCUCGCGUACAAGAACAUCAGCUUCUUGGGACGAGUUCAGGAGGGAACCAUUUUCAGACGAUUAUGUUCUAAUACAAUCGGGGAGCCAUGCAUUCACUCUUUCAAAGUUGUAUGCAUGGGAAAAGAUACUUUAUCAACAUGUUUCGGAAGCUUUUUGA